AUGUCGCAGGAUCCUCUCUGCGCAAUCGUAACUUCUCGCGUUUGCGGCUGCUCCGGGGUCUUAUCCUCGCUCGCUCUUGGGGAGAUCUUCACUGCCUUCCGCUACUCGGCCUCUGUCCCACAGCAACACCGUCGAACAUGCCUGUUCGACCGGUCAACCCCACGGGACGAAGGACCGCUCGGCCAGUCUACUGCCAAGAGCCUCCCACGUGCACAUGGCAAGACGAUCGUCUCGAACAAGGACUGUGCCGCGGAAGAAGUCGAGGCUUCUACUCGUGUUGCGAUACUUGCGAAGGACAACACCCCCGUGCUCCUCCACUGCUCAUCCGGAGUCCGGCGGACUAGUGUGUUCAUCGCCAUCGACGCCGUCCGCGGCAAGAUGCAGAAGCACAAGGAGGCCUAUGUCGACGACCUUGUCAUCUCGCAAGCCGCGUCGGAGAUCAGGGCCACUGAACCCACGGUUCCGGUCUCUGUCGGCGACUGCGAAGUUGAUGUCCCUGUCGCCGGCUUCACCUCGAAAUUCAUGGAUGUCGACGCCCGCUCCCGUCCGCUCCCUGUCGCCUCCACGCCCCACACGCUGCCGCGCUCGUUCGACGCGGUCCGGUCCCCGACACUGCAGGCUUCGCCCGAGCCCGUGGAGGAGUGCUCGCCGCUGCCGCGGGCCCUUCCUGCCCCGCUUCUGUCCUUCUCCGCCAACGCCAACAAUCCGCGGAAGGCGUUCCAGAACUCCGGUAGCCGCCCCUCGCCCGACGGCACGACGCACGUCGCAGAAGCGUCGCCCGACCCGCGCAGGCUGCACUCGGACUCGUCGCCGCUGUCGCUGUCGACGCACGACUCCGAGCCGACCUGGCAUGUGAUCGAGGACAUGCGCAAGCAGCGGAUGAGCCUUUGCUAG